AUGGAUUUACUCAAAGAGGAAAAUGAAUGUUUGAAGAAUGCAAAUGAGAAAUUAAAGAAAAUUAUAUCUAAAUAUAAUUGUCCUCUUGAAAAAACUGAGACUGGUUUAAAUAAAACAAAUACUCUUGGUGCAAUAAAAUCUUUUCAAGAUUGUCCUGUCAAUUAUAAACCAAUAAGUUCACUUGAAGAAAAAUUUUUGUCAAGCAAACAAAAUUAUAGGAUUACUACUCCAGUAGAAAGUUUUACAUCUGUAAAAGGUAAUGAAUUAAAAGGAUUUGAUUUAAAGGAAAGUUCUACUGUUUUAACUAAAAAACCAGAUUCUAUUGAAUUUUUUUUUUCUAAUAUAGAUGCCAAAAAGGAAUUUUAUGGUACAACAGUUCAAAUGGGAAUCGACUCAAAAACAAAAAAACAAAAAAUAAGUAAAUCAGAAGAAUUGAACUCCAUAGAAAAUGAAUUUUUAUCACCCUGUAAAAAAAAUCUUGCUAUUGAUUGGGAGGAUGAUUUAAUUUGUGAAAGUCCAAAACCAGGUCCUUCUGUUCCAUUUAUGAAAAAAAAAUUUAGCAAAAAAAUUAUAAAUCACGCUGGUAGCAAGGCCACAAUCAGUAGAGAAGCUCGUGUUUUAUCAACAGAAACUCAAAAUAGUAAAUCAGCUUCCAAAAAUUGUGAAAAUGCUGGAGAAAUUUUACCUUUGCCGAUCGCCAUUCGUGAAAAGUAA